AUGGCAGGCAGGGCAGGGGAGCUUCCUAUCCCCCUGGCCCUGCAGCGCUCCCGCCUGAAGGCUGAGGAGAAGACCCUGGACUUUGAGUUUGAGGUGGUGAGUGCCCAGUUUAACCAGUGGGGCUGCUAUGCCCUGAGGCUGACCGUGGAGAACCCCCUGCUGCAGGGCUCUGGUGCUGGCAUCCAGCUCCGCAUCAACGCCGGGGAGGUGGUCCAGAGCUGCACCGGCACCACCGACGCCAUCGAGCAGAGAGACCUCCACCAGAUCUACUCCUUCCAGAAGAGGAAGUUCACCUUCACCCUCCCCAGAGGUUUCUGCAAGAACGACAAAAACCACGACGUGAGGCUGCGCAUCGAAGCCCUGCGCCUCCCGGGGAGGGGGGAGAGGAGCAGGAGGAGGAGCAGGAGGGUGGGCGAAGCCUUCUUUGCCAUCUACCCCCGCACCAACCAGCCCAGGAUGAAGCUGUCUGCCGGCAAGGACGAGGACUGGUACCGCUACAGCUCCGUGCUGGCUCUGCUGCGGGCGGGCAGCCAGCAGCCGGCGAUGCACUGCGGCCGCCUGGCUUUCGCCGCCUCCCUGCACGAACACCGGCCCCCCCCUGCGCCCCCGGCACUCCAACCUCUCUCCCCCAGCAGCCAGGGGGAGUGCCAGCAGCCAGCAGUGGGCACAGCCCCCGUAUCCCCAUCCCUGGGCGUCCCUGUCUCCGGCCGCUCGCUGCCGACGCCAGAGUCUGCGUACCACUCGCUGCCCACCGAGGGCCAUGCCCUCUCCCCUCAGAGGCUGAGGGCUGACCCUGCCCUCAGCUCCUCCCCAGAGCUCCUGAGUGGUGAUUCAGCAGACCAUCCUUCCUCCUCUUCCUCCUCCUCCUCCUCGGUGCCUGUCCUAAGGCGACCACUGAGCUGCAGCAGCUUCCACCUCUCCUCCCCAAGCUACAGCCAGGAUGUGGCCUCCUGGCCAGCACAGGUAUCCAAGUCCCCUGCUGGCACAGAGGAGGCUGUGCACACACCAGUGGGCAGUGGGGGACAUGUGGCCAGCAUGGGGAAGGAAGCCAUCACUGUCACCCUCCAUGGUGCCAGCAACCUGCCCCCAACACGGGAGGGCCUUGUCCCAUGGCCCUACGUCGUCGUGAAGACCAGCAGAGGGGAUGAGCAGGGGGCAACCCACGCAUCCACGGUGCCCACCCAUGCACCCACCUGGGAGGAGGAGGUGACGGUGGAAAUGGCUGCUGAAGAUGCAGGCUGGGCAGCCCUGACUCUCACUGUGGCAGACAAAGCCACCAAGGAAGCCCUGGGGACCUUCCAGCUGCCAGUGGGGCACCUGCAGCCCUUCCAGCCCCACCACUGCAGGCUGGUGCUGCCCAGGGCAGGGCACCCGGUGGGGACAGUCCUGAAGGUCACCAUCAGCCGCAAGGGGAGCUGCAUUCCUCGCUGCCAUGGCUUCAGCUACGUGGCCCUGGAGGUGCUGCUGCAGGGGCUGUCAGCCCCCCUGGCCUCCCCCUCUGGAGCUCUUGUUGCUGUGGCCAGGGUUGUGACCAAUGUCCAGCAGUACAAGCACCUCAUGGAGCACCAUCCCACCUGCUGUCCUGGCCUCAGCCCCACCACCAUCACCUUCCCAGACCCCCCAGCAGCAGCCUUCAGCAGAGCCUCAGUUGUCAACCAGGGCUGCCCACAGAUGUCCCAAGCAGCUGGCCCACCAGAGAAACCCACUUGGAACACCUCCUUCCUCUUCCAUGGCCAAGACGUGGCCACUCUCUUCUCUGAAGACACUGCCCUGGUGAUUGAAUAUUACCCAUCCAAAGCCAUCUGGGAUGCUCCUGGCCCUCUCAUCCCUUUGGGAUACUCAGUGCUGCCCCUCACCAGCAGUGUUUUCCAGGAGCUGGGGGCACGGAGGGGAGGGCUGCGUGUGGAUGGCCUCACUGUGCAGGGCACGGACCUCAAAACCACGUCUGGAGCCAUCCCGACCGUGGGGCUCUGCCUGCAGCUCCUUCCAUCAGAG